AAAAAAGUAGGUGUCUUGACACUUGUAAUGAAUUAUAAUUAUGAUCUUAAGCUUAAGAAUACCGUGGCAACAUUGUUAUUAGCUAAGGAAGACUACUACAAACCCCAGGCUAUGUUAACAUGAUGGGAGAGAAUCGAUAUUCCUCGUGUUCUUGAAGUCCAAGGAGCGUUACCCACCCAACCGCGUCGCGUCUGUCGUGGCCCAAGCUGGCUGGCCCUUAAACUCCAGCUUCGAAUGCAGUAUCCACGACAAUUGCUUCUCCAUUCUCCCUCCUCAUAUUCAACAAUGACCUCUGAAACUCUCGUCCCUGAUAACUCUGCCGUUUCUUCACCUCCCGCCAAACGUGCCAAGACCGCCGCUACAAUGGAAGGUCCCCCACCACUGCAGAUUAAGAAGCUUUCCGACAAGGGUCGUUUGCCCACUCGUGGGAGUGCCUUUGCUGCCGGCUACGAUAUCUACGCUGCUCGCGACACAACAAUUCCCGCUCGUGGCAAGGCGCUAGUUGACACUGAUAUCAGCAUGGCUGUGCCUGCCGGAACCUAUGGACGCAUUGCUCCUCGAUCGGGUCUCGCUUCCAAGCAUUUCAUUGACACAGGCGCUGGUGUCAUCGAUGCCGAUUACCGCGGCCAGGUCAAGGUCCUGCUCUUCAACCAUAACGAAUCCGACUUUGAGGUGAAGGAGGGCGACCGCAUUGCUCAGCUUGUUCUGGAGCGCAUCUACACUCCCGAGGUUGUCGAGGUCCAAGAACUCGAGGAGAGUGUCCGAGGCGCUGGUGGCUUCGGCAGCACUGGUUAGAUCGUCGUGGAGGAUAUGCCGACUUCUCUUCUGCCGAGUUUCAUGAAUUAAUGAAUUGGGUUUUGGGCCAAUGCAAUAGACCUACUGUACACAGUUAAAGAAGGUUGAUUAUGGAAGAGAAGCUAUCCGAGUGAUUAUUUAACCCUGGACGAUAGAUGUGAAAACCUUGAAUGGAUUCAUGAUCAGGCGUCUAUUCCACAACCUUUCUACCCAUUUCUAUUUAAUCUUUGCUGGUUUCUACUAUAGUGGUCAUUGUAACCUUGGACAAUCCCCCUCCCCUUAGAUCUAAAUGGCCUUCGCAAGGUAUUGCGUCGCGGGGGAGCGUAGGCAGUCCAGAUUCCUCACAAGUUGAAGCUCUGCCGCCUUGCUCUUUACGAGGUGCGCCUUAGUUUGGUCAAUUCGAUCCUCAUCUUUCAUGUCGUCCGUUGUUCGUUCAACCACCC